CCGUGUUCUUCCGAAGCAUGUAAGCGGUGUGGUGACUCUCGGAGUUUCCAACGCAGCUUUUCUUAUUCUUUUUCAUCAUUCGUUUCAAGGUUGUCGUAACAUUCCACAAAAUUUAUCGUACACGCAGACUUUCUAGUCAUAUUCUAGUCCGCGGUUAUCAAUGGCGUAUGACAGGGAUGAUCAAUAUGCAACCUUUGAACAGAUGUAUCGUUGUUACCCUGUCUCCUUCAUCGAAAAGUCAGAUCUGGAAAAGGGUGAUAAGAUUAUCAUGCCUCCCUCAGCCCUGGAUCGCCUUGCGUCUUUGCACAUAGAGUAUCCCAUGUUAUUUCAACUUAAAAAUCCUUCUGCCGGAAAAGUUACCCACUGUGGGGUGCUAGAAUUCGUAUCUGAUGAAGGGAUCAUAUACAUACCAUACUGGAUGAUGGAAAAUAUGCUCCUACAAGAGGGAGACAUUGUAAAUGUGAAAAACACCAAUCUUGCAAAAGGAACAUAUGUGAAGCUGCAGCCUCACACAAAGGAUUUUUUGGAUAUCUCGAAUCCAAAAGCCAUCUUAGAGACUUCACUUAGGACCUACUCAUGUUUAACAACUGGUGACACUAUAAUGGUUGCCUAUAACAACAAGAAGUAUUACAUUGACAUAGUUGAAACCAAACCCUCUCCUGCAGUCAGUAUAAUUGAAACAGACUGUGAAGUUGAUUUUGCUCCACCUCUUGAUUAUAAAGAACCUGAGAAACAAGCAAAAUCUAUUCUAUCUGACAGGAAACAGCCAUUAGUUGAAGAUGAGCCACCAGCAAAGAUUGCACGGUUCAGUCCAUUCACUGGUUCUGGAAGACGUUUAGAUGGGAAACCCUCAACACAACCAGUUGAACAAAUUUCUUCUCCAGAGCUAAAGCAAAAACAAACUGACAAAGAAAUCAAAGGUUCUGAUUCUAAGUCAUCAAAUACUGCUUCUCAUAGACCUCAUGGAAAGCUUGUGUUUGGGUCAAAUGCAACUACAUCUGGCACUCAAACAACACCCAAGGUUUCUCAGACAAACACCAAUCAAGAGAAAUCCCAGAAGGAAGAAGAACCAACAUUCAAGGCUUUCACAGGAAAGAAGUAUUCAUUAAAAAGUUGAUCCUUGUUGGGCUAUUUUUCUUAUUGUGGUCUUUUCGGUUUACGUUAACAUUAGUUGAGCCAACAUUGGUUAGAGCUUAAUCCAUAUCCACUUUGGCAUAUCAUUGUUUUUUAUGUCAUAUAUAGUCGUGGGAUGUUUACCUCAUGAAACAGAAAGUUAUCACAUCGGACAAUCCAUAGAAUACCUUAUUCCAGGAAGAUUGCAAUUACACGAUCAUGUAAAGUUUUCAAGAGGACUAUUGAAGUCUUGCUUGAUUUAUUUGCCUUUGUUUCAGUGUCAACUUUGCAGCAAUAUCAUAGUUUUCACUUUUCAUCCAU